GGUUUCGAAAACUCAACCAAGCUGCGCCCAAAACCCCUUCAUAAACCCCUCGCCCUCGUGCCACAGUCACAGUCACAGUCACAGACACAAAAAUUCAACCAUCCAAUCUAUUCAAAAGCACAAAUUCACAUGGAAAGUGCCACUCAAGUCGGCUCAAAGCCUCAACCCAUCUCGGCUCUUCCGCCGGUCCCUCCCUCCGCCUUCGAUGGCACGCUGGGUCGCCACCUGGCUCGCCGGCUCGUCGAGAUUGGCGUCAGAGAUGUCUUCUCUGUUCCUGGCGACUUCAAUUUGACUCUCCUCGACCACCUCAUCGCCGAGCCGAAGCUCAACCUCAUCGGCUGCUGCAACGAGCUUAACGCCGGCUACGCCGCCGACGGCUACGCCCGUGCCAAAGGCGUUGGCGCGUGCGUGGUCACCUUCACCGUGGGCGGACUCAGCGUCCUCAACGCCAUCGCCGGAGCUUACAGCGAGAACUUGCCGGUGAUUUGCAUAGUUGGAGGACCCAAUUCCAACGACUACGGCACCAACCGGAUUCUCCACCACACCAUCGGGUUACCCGAUUUCUCCCAAGAGCUUAGAUGCUUUCAGACGAUCACGUGUUCUCAGGCAGUGGUGAAUAACUUGGACGAUGCACAUGAGCUUAUUGAUACUGCGAUUUCUACUGCUUUGAAGGAAAGCAAGCCUGUUUAUAUCAGCAUAAGUUGUAAUCUUCCUGGGAUUCCUCAUCCAACUUUUGCUAGAGAUCCAGUUCCAUUUUUUCUUGCACCAAAGGUGAGCAAUCAAGAAGGAUUAGAAGCAGCAGUGGAAGCAACUGCUGCUUUUCUGAACAAAGCAGUGAAGCCAGUGAUUGUGGGUGGGCCAAAAUUAAGGGUAGCAAAGGCACAGAAGGCCUUUCUGGAGUUUGCAGAAGCAAGUGGAUAUCCAAUAGCUGUUAUGCCCUCAGGGAAGGGACUUGUACCAGAGCAUCAUCCACACUUCAUUGGGACGUAUUGGGGUGCUGUCAGUACUUCCUAUUGUGGAGAGAUAGUGGAAUCUGCUGAUGCUUAUGUUUUUAUUGGUCCCAUCUUCAAUGACUAUAGCUCCGUUGGAUACUCAUUGUUGAUAAAGAAGGAGAAGGCCAUAAUAGUGCAGCCUAAUAGGGUAACCAUUGGCAAUGGUCCUUCCUUAGGCUGGGUUUUCAUGGCUGAUUUCUUGACUGCAUUGGCUAAAAAGGUGAAGAACAACACUGCUGCUAUGGAGAAUUACCGACGUAUCUAUGUUCCCCCAGGCAUUCCUCUUAAGCGAGAAAAGGAUGAACCUCUAAGAGUUAAUGUUCUAUUCAAGCACAUUCAAGAACUGCUAAGUGGAGAUACCGCUGUAAUAGCUGAAACUGGAGAUUCAUGGUUCAACUGUCAGAAACUCCGCCUGCCUGAUAAUUGCGGUUAUGAAUUCCAAAUGCAAUAUGGAUCUAUUGGUUGGUCGGUAGGUGCUACUCUUGGAUAUGCACAGGCUGCAACAGACAAGCGUGUAAUUGCUUGCAUUGGUGAUGGCAGUUUUCAGGUGACAGCACAGGAUAUUUCAACAAUGAUCCGCUGUGGACAGAAGAGCAUCAUCUUCCUCAUUAAUAAUGGAGGUUAUACAAUUGAAGUUGAGAUUCAUGAUGGCCCAUACAAUGUGAUCAAGAAUUGGGACUACACUCGGUUUGUGGAAGCCAUUCAUAAUGGAGAAGGCAAAUGCUGGACUGCCAAGGUACGUACAGAGGAUGAUCUGACUGAAGCAAUUGCAAAGGCUACUGGACCACAGAAAGAUUCACUGUGUUUUAUAGAAGUUUUUGUACAUAAGGAUGACACCAGCAAAGAGUUGCUGGAAUGGGGAUCCCGUGUUGCUGCUGCCAACAGCCGUCCUCCUAAUCCACAAUAGAGAAGCCAUUCCUAAUUAUUGCCCUGUUAUGAUUUGUCUAUUUUGUUGAAUAGAUUUUCACUGGAGGACUUGUACAGCAGAAAAGCGAAGAAAAUGAAAAAUAUGUUGAAAUAAAUGCUUCCUUUACCAGACUUUUAUCUGUUCUCCCGUGCUCUGUUGUAAUUUGAAAACAUGAACUAUUCUUGCUUUAUGAUAAGAUCCUUUGAGAUGGAAUCGUUAAUCGAAUCUACGAACUUAAAGCCGUUACAUU